GUCUGGCGGGGUCGCGGCUGGUUCGCCCCGCCACAGCGCGGCUGUGCUCCUCCGGCACUGCUGCGGCGGCCGCGGAGGCUGCCCCCCGCGCCCUGUACGGCGGUGCCGCCCUGAGCGCGGGUCUGAGCUCGGGCGCCCGGCUGGCGCUGGCUGGGUGGCUGGCGGUGUGUGCUGCGUGGGUGUACAGCAUGGUGGUGCUGGGGGGCAUCACGCGGCUGACCAGGUCGGGGCUGAGCAUGACGGAGUGGAAGCUGGCGGGUGAGCGCCCCCCCAUGAGCGAGGCUGAGUGGGAGGCUGAGUUUGUCAAGUACAAGGCUAGCCCAGAGUACUUGAAGGUCCACCGCGGUAUGACACUGGAGGAGUUCAAGUUCAUCUACUGGAUGGAGUAUGCGCACCGCAUGUGGGGUCGCUUCCUGGGUCUCGCCUUCGCCCUGCCCGCCGCCUUCUUCGCAGCUCGCGGCUGGGUGGGCCGCCCGCUGGCCCGCCGGCUGGGGCUGCUGUUCUUCAUGGGGGGCACGCAGGGGCUGGUGGGCUGGUGGAUGGUGCGAAGCGGGCUGGAGGAGCCCGAGCACGAGUGGGCCGCCCCCCGCGUGUCGCCCUACCGCCUGGCCGCUCACCUGGUGUCCGCAUUCGCCAUCUACGCCACCCUGGUGUGGACGUCGCUGGACCUGCUGUACCCCCGUCCCGCCACCUCCGGAGCCCCCGAGUCGCUGCUGCGCUCCACCGCGGGUGCCCGGCGGGUGCUGCUGCCGCUGGCCGCCCUCAUCGCGGUGACCGCCACAUCGGGGGCGUUCGUGGCUGGCAUGGACGCGGGUCGCGCCUACAACACCUGGCCGCUCAUGGGCGAUGAGUUCUUCCCCGAGGAGUACUGGGACGAGCGGCUGGGGCUGACCCCGCUGCGCAACAUGUUUGAGAACACAGCAGCCGUGCAGUUCAACCACCGCACUCUGGCCACGCUGACGCUGUUGGCGGUGGGCGCCUCCUGGCUGCGAUACCGGGGGGGAGUGCUGCCGGGGCGCGCCACCACCUGCCUGCAUGCGCUGGCGGGAGUGACGGCGGCGCAGUUCGCCCUGGGUGUUUACACGCUGCUGCAGUACGUGCCGGUGCCGCUGGGCUCCGCGCACCAGGCCAACGCGCUCAACCUCUUCACCGCGGCACUGGCGCUGCUGCACGCCUGCCGCCCGCCGCUGCCCGCAGGUGGGGGCGCGCUGGCGCCGCUGGUGACGCCCGCGGCGGUGCUGGCGGUGGGCGGCAUCGGGUGGACGGUGGCGUCGGCGAACGGCACGGUGACGCAGAGCGGGAGGUAUACGGGGCCCACUGGGAACCGGGCGUAAGAGGGGGGCGGUGAUGUGCGCAUGGGGGUAGUGGGGGUAUUGUGAGGGGAUGUGGAGAUAAAAACAGGAUGCGGAGCAGAGAGUCGAGAGGGGCGCGCGAGAGGGUGUGUAGUUGAGUAUAACAAGAGCAAGCAGUUGGGAUCGGGUGUGUGUUCAGGAAGCUGGCCGUGUGUUGGAACGUACUGUGGCCGCGUGUGUGCGUGUUGAGUCGAUGCAGUGGUUUUUCGUGCGUGUACCUUGGCCAAAGCGCGUCGAGGAAUGGCAGGCCCUGACCCAAAUGUGAGGCUGGCAGACGGGGUGCGUGUGGGCCACAGAGGGGAAUGUGAUGCAGUUGGUGCUUGAAUGGUACUCUCCCGGGGGUGGUCUCCGGCAACGGGAAGCUCUGUAGGAAGAGGGUAGUCGCUGGGGGUGCUUGGUGCGUACGUCUGCAGGCUAACCCAGGACUGUGCGGCUGGACGUCCGGGGGCGCCUGGGCAGAGUAAGCAGAAAGCCCGGCUACACCGGUGCAGCUAUAACAACAGGGCAUCUUGGUCAAGUACGUUUGUGCUCCAUAAUGUUGAGCAUGACCUUCGAGCGGGUGUCCGGUCGAGGGCGCUACACAGUCUGGUACAAGGGUACGCAUCUGUUGCAUCCACCUAUGACAUGUAACUUGUGGAACCGC